CUCCCCCCCCCCCCCUCUCGCGGCGGCGCUAACAGCGGCCCUCAUGGCGCAGAAGAGAGGGCAGCGCGGCGCCUCCUCCUCCGCCGACGAUCCGGAGGUGGUCGCCCGCGUACCCCUCCAGGCCGUCCUCCUCGCCGACAGCUUUAACCUAAAGUUCCGGCCUAUCACCCUUGAGCGCCCCAAGGUGCUCUUGCCGUUGGUGAACGUCCCGAUGAUCGAGUACACCCUCGCCUGGCUCGAGUCCGUCGGGGUCGAGGAGGUCUUCGUCUUCUGCUGCGCCCACUCUCAGCAGGUGAAGCAGUACUUGAAUCAGUCCGAGUGGACCAACCCCGCGGCCAGACUCUCCGUCACCACGAUCGAGUCACAUGACGCCAUUAGCGCUGGAGAUGCGCUCCGUGUGAUUUAUGAAAAAUCCGUGAUACGUGGAGAUUUUGUUCUCAUUAGUGGGGAUACUGUUAGCAACAUGAGUUUAGCUCAAGCCCUCCAUGAGCACAAGGAAAGAAGGAAAAAAGAUCCACUUGCUAUUAUGACCAUGGUUAUCAAACACUCUAAGCCUUCAAAUGUAACACAUCAAACUCGACUUGGCACUGAUGAGGUUAUAAUGGCUUUUGAUCCUGAGACAAAAGAGCUUCUUUUCUAUGAGGACAAGGCAGACCCUUCCCAGCGGAUUAUUUCUCUUGAUAAAAUUUUGCUAGCAGAUAGUCCUGCUUUCUAUAUGCAUAAUGAUAAGCAGGAUUGCUACAUAGAUAUCUGCUCUCCUGAAGUCCUCAGUCUUUUUAUGGAUAAUUUUGAUUAUCAACAUCUUCGCCGUCAUUUCGUCAAGGGUUUGCUCGUUGAUGAUAUAAUGGGAUAUAAGAUUUUUACCCAUGAAAUUCAUUCAAGUUAUGCAGCAAGAAUAGAUAACUUCAGGAGUUAUGGCACGGUUACUAAAGACAUAAUGCAAAGUUGGACGUACCCUUUGGUACCAAAUGUUAGGUACUUUGGGUGUUGCUCAAAUAUGAAGCUUGAUAGACAGGGAGUUUUCAAAGCAUUGGAUGUUGUCCAAUCACGUUCUGCACAAAUUGGUGCUGUUACCUUGAUUGGAAGUGGAAGUACCAUUGGGGACCAUAGUGUGAUAUCUAACUCAGUUAUUGGUCAGGAAUGUACCAUUGGCCGCAAUGUAUCUGUCCAUGGUUGUUACAUUUGGAAUAAUGUCAUCAUUGAAGACGACUGUAAACUAAAUCAUGCUAUAGUUUGUGAUGGUGUUCAUUUAAGGACAGGGGUAGUCUUGGAACCUGGUGUCAUAUUGUCGUUCAAGGUAGAAGUUGGGCAACAAAUAACAAUUCCGGCUUAUUCGAAAGUUUCUUUACUUCCUCAACCUUCCAUACAAGAUAGUGAUGAAGAACUUGAGUAUGCCGAUGCAAAUAGUGGAGUUAUAGAAAGUCCAUCAAUUACUAGUAUGAUCAGCACUAGAAAUGCAGAACUAAGCUCAGAUUAUUCAGUGACAGAGAACUCUGGCCUCUCUGAGGUUGGUAUUUCGGGGGUUGGUUACAUAUGGUGUUCCUUCGAAGGAGGCAAUGAUGAUGAAUGGAGACACUCAGUUGCUCCAAUCCCUGCAUCAAAGUUGGCAGAGUUAUCUCAUGAUGAUUAUGAGGAUCCUGAUGUGUCAUAUCAGGAAGUUAAUAGUACUCCAGUUUCUGGAGAGUUGCGACCUGACUCGGAAAUUACUGGUGAUGAUGAUGCUGAUGGGACGGAUUACGGAGAUUCUGCUGAUUUUGAUAAGGAGGUAGAAGCAACUUUUCAACGGGCACUUACAGGAGUGAACCAAGAGAAUGUGAUUUUAGAGAUAAAUUCACUCAGGUUAUCUUGCAAUAAAUCACAUGCUGAUUGUGCUGGGGCAUUGUUCUUGUCUGUAAUAAAGUUGGGUCUAGAAGCUCCUCAUUCUUCUAAUGGUGAGUUGUAUCAGAAUACUGCAAAAGAGAUCAACAGGUGGAAGGAUAUUUUGAAGCAUUAUCUCAAAAGUGUCGAUGAGGAGAUUGAAAUAAUUUUGAAGUUUGAAGAGAUAUGCUUGGAGAUCGCCACAGAGUUCUCUCCUUUGUUUUCAACAAUUUUGAGCUCUCUCUAUGAGAAGGACAUUCUGUCAGAGGAUGCAAUUCUGUCAUGGGCAUCGGAGAAAGAGGGAGCAGAUGAAUCUGAUAAGAUAUUUGUUAAACAGUCAGAACGAUUUAUCACGUGGCUAAAAGAAGCUUCCGAGGAGGAUGAUGAAGAUGAUUGAAUGUAUCAGAAAAAUCCUGGAUUGGAAGAAAAAUCCUGGCCGCAUUUUUAUCUGGAUCGUCUUUUGUAAAAAGGCGUGUUAUACAUAUUAUUAGACAUCCAUGUAACCCUCAGUUUUCAAGUUUGAGGGAGAGGAGUUGAGCUGUACAUUUGACUUCGAUUCUUGGUGGCCAAUCCCAAAACCAUAUAGUUGAGGAAAACAGAAUAAAACUUCCCAUUUAUUGGUGUUUGCCCUUUUUGUGUUCCUACUGUUUCUUCAAUGGGUGAAAACAAAGACGGAGGCAGCAAUCUCCUCCUGUACCACAUUAUUUUAAUUUGAAGGGGUUUGGAAGGUUAAUCAUUGUAACAA